ACUUGUUGGGGCUUCGGAUAGAUGUACAUAGGUUGAUCAAGCCCUGCAAGUACCUAGUGUAAAAUGCCAUUCCGCUUUUCCCCGAACGCGGAAACCGAGUUGCAAAGACAUAUGUCUAUGUGUAAAGAGCCCAUUUAAUUAUGACGUCGCACCCUUUCGGAAGAUGACGUAAUCACGCCCGCAGCCUAGCAGCAGUAUCGACGGCGUAAACAAAGCGAGCCGCUAGGAGCUAAGUGGACGAUGUUUCUUUGGUGGAAUAGUGGCUCUAUCUUUACACUUUUUCAGCAACAUAUCGACGAAGCUCGACUUCUGGUCGAUGAAUUUUAAGACUCCCUCGUCCGUUGAGUUCCCCAAAAAAAUUGCCUACCGUUACUGUUAGCUGCGUUAGCUCCAGCUAGCCUUGGAUAACGGGAUUUUUGUAGUCCUGGGAAUUGUUUUCAAUCCAGUCGGUGUUAUUUAUUAAAGCAGGUUUAUCAUUUCCACUCAUGUCGAGCAAGUAGAGGGCUGCUAACGCUGCUGACAUGAUGAGUUAGCUCGCAAUGAUGUAGCAACUCGUGACUAAAAGGAUCGUUCAUCUGGAUAGCUAGAUAGCCCCCCCCUUGGAUCGAUGACCACCUAAGCAGCUGCUGCGAUCUGGAGGCGGACUGACAUGUUUAGUUUGAUGGCGAACUGCUGCAGCUGGCUGAAACGUUGGCAGGAACCUGCCAGGAAGGUGACCCUGGUGAUGGUGGGUCUGGACAACGCGGGGAAGACGGCGGCGGUGCGAGGAAUCCAGGGAGAGAACCCGCAGGACGUGGCUCCCACUGUGGGCUUCUCCAAGGUGGACCUGAAGCAGGGCAAGUUUGAGGUGACCAUCUUCGACUUGGGAGGCGGGAAGCGGAUCCGCGACAUCUGGAAGAACUACUACUCGGAGUCCCACGGCGUGGUGUUCGUGGUGGACUCCAGCGACGUGCAGCGCAUCCAGGAGACGCGGGAGACCAUGGCACAGGUCCUGCAGCACCCGCGCAUCGCUGGAAAACCCGUCCUGGUACUUGCUAACAAACAAGACCUGGAGGGGGCGCUACCGGAGGCAGACAUCAUCGAGAACCUGUCGCUGGAGAAACUCGUCAACGAGAACAAGUGUCUCUGUCAGAUCGAACCGUGCUCCGCCAUCUUAGGAUGUGGAAAGAAGGUGGACAAGUCCAUCAAGAAGGGCCUGACCUGGCUCCUCAGCAACAUCGCCAAAGACUACGAGGCGAUUGCUGAGCGCGUGCAGAAGGACACGGCGGAGCAGCGCGCGCUGGAGGAGCAGGACAAGAAGGAGAGGGCGGAGAGGGUGCGGCGGAUACGAGAGGAGAGGGAACGGCUGGAGCGCGAGGAAGCAGAGCGGGAAGGACGGCCCGUCCAGGAGGACCAAGCUGACGACGGGAACAUGCAGAGCCCCUUCCAACCCAUCGGAGAUUUAAUCUCCAAGAGAGAAGAGACGGACAGGAAGGAGCAGCUGGAGUUAGGAGACAGGAGUAACGGUCCGAAGGAGGAAGAGGAGGAUGAGGAGGACAACGCUGGAGAGCCAAACAACACGAGACAAACAGCAGAAAACACGACGCCUGCAGGAGAGCAGAGCAAGAAGAAGACGAGCAAACUGCAUCUGAAGAGGAAGCACCGGGUCGACCCGCUGAGGGCCGACGACGGCCCCACAGAGAGCCCAACGCCGCCACCGCCGCCACCCGUGGGAUGGGCCACGCCCAAAGUCUCUCGGCUGCCCAAACUCGAGCCGAUCGGAGACUCGGGACAUUCCGAGUUUUACAAGAAACCGCUCCCGCCGCUCGCCAACAGGCCGCGACCUAACGGUGACUCUCAAGACGUCAUCUCUUAAAGCUCCUUCACUGACUGACCGACUGACUGACCGAGGUCAGCUUUUGACCAAUCACAGCUCUUUUCUGUGCUUUCUGUCCCAAGCCAGCGGGGUGUAGACCACCAAAACCACACCAGUGGGACAACCGCGGGAGCCGGCGGCUUGGGCUGAGCAGAGGAGGAAAACGGAGCAGAGUUUCAUGCUGAACUGUGGAACCAAAACAAUAGAUUUGAUUUCUAUUAGUGAUCAGUAUUGAAAGCUGGGAGUCAGUGCAUCCAACUAAAACACUUUAAACUGAGAAGCAAUGUAAAUAAAACCUCAUCUAACCUUAGCACAAUAAGAAAGGACGUUCAGGUUGCUCAGUUGUUUCUUUGUUGUAGCAGUGCAGUUGGAAAAAUGCUCUUUAUUUCCUCUAAAAUGGUGAAGCUGUCAAGUUUAUAAAAACAUCUUAUAACUACGGCACCAUUUCAGGAGAAAUAAACUGAAUUAUUAAGAAAAAUGUUGCAGGGUUACAACCAAGAAAUAAUCGAUCAAAUACAGAUUUCCCUACUUUUUGCGCUAAGUUUUCUGUUUGUUUUGAAGAAAUAUAUUUGUAUACUGAUUGCCAUUAAAAAUGAACUGUCAUUUAUUUUUGCACUUUGAGAUUCGUAGUGUAAGCUUGAUGUAAUCAUGAUGAACAUGGAUGAGAUGGUAGAGAUGUCUUUGCUUUUCAUAGCUUUUUACAUAUUUAUAUCAGCUGGUUAAACUCCAGAAAGAAAAAAAACACUAAAAUGUUCAUUGCUGUCACAAGAAGAAAAAGCAAAUUCUCAAAAUCUUUUUAGAUAUGUUUUUAUACCACUUUAUUUACAGUUAGAAAAUAUGUAUAAAAGCUACAGGGCUUCA